AUGAUUAGCCUGAUCACGGCCUAUCGAGACUCGUCCAAGUUAGUACAACGUCUCAGAGACAAGCAGAAGAAUACAGAGGAGUUCAUCCUCCCAGAGGAUCUGACCAAAGAGUUCGACGACUCCUUGACACUGGGAUGUGCGGCUGUCCAGAGCCAGUACGAUCACGAUGUCCGGCGAUUCGGUGAGACAUAUGCGCGUGGAGACGCUGUCGCUCGAGAGCAAAUGAAGGACAUCCUAAUUGCCCUCCAACACGCAGUCAUUUCCCACCUACGAGAAGUCUUCAUGGACGAGGCUUCCCUUAAUUUACACACUUUGAAGGAGACUUCAGAUGACUGUCGAGUCAAUGCCACAGUAUGUCUCGGUCAGUUGUAUCAACGCAUGUCCACGGCCACUGCUGCCGUCAAACAGAUUCAUCGACCAUACAUCGAUGAGCCUGAUAAAGUCCACCUUCCCGGUUCUUUGGCGUACUCGAGUAGUCGAAGUACCCAUUCUUCCUUUGGAGGUAGUCCAUUUGAUGCCCAGUCCGCCACCUCAUACACCACUUACAGCUCAAGGACGGCCAUUGGACAUGAUCGGAAAACAUCCAAUGGGCUCGCUCCACAAAGGAGAAUCUCUAUGAAUUCAGCAGUCUCAUAUUCUAGUGAGAGAGAUAGAGAUCGACCCCAAAGCAGAACACCAGGAGAAGAUAACGUCCCGGCCCUUCCAUUCCCCAUGCAGAGGCAAACCAGCCAGGGCCCUCCAGAUAGUGCUUCUACAGGCACGGGCCGAUUCCCUUCAAAUCUUGAUUUGGAAACGUCCUCGAACCCAGCAUCACCCCCGCCCUACGUCGCAAAUUCCUUCAUUCAUACAACAGACGACAAGGGACAGAAGUUCCCUCUGGGUUCAAGCUUCUAUGAACCACCAAUGGCAGAAGUGCCUGGCAAUACAACCCAAACCCCUCUUCCCCAGCAGGAUCCCACUCUAGCACAGGUCCCGAAUUUCUCUCGUACAAUACCCAUCCAUGAACUGGAUGAUAAUUCAACAGUGGUACCAUCCUCUCAAUCUCCAGAGCAGGAUUCCUCAGUUGGGAGUCCUCGAAGUAUGCAAAGCCAACCACCGCCUCUCAAUCCCGAAUACAAUACACUGGAAUACGUUGCAGCGCUGGAAUUGCGCAGCCGACCUCCUGCUGCUCUAGCAGCGUCUGUGGAAUAUCAACAGUAUAUGCAUUCCAUGAAUACGCAGCCCCAACUGCGGCCACAGCCUCUUUUCAGUCAAGGCGCCGCACAUCAGCGGCAAAUGAUGGCUCAAGUACAGCGGCCAUUAUACAGUCCGCCGCCAAUGCAAAGCCCCUCUUUGAAUGGCCAAUAUCCCCCGGGUCCUCAGUACUAUAACCACCCGUUGCAACCAAGCAUGAAUCAGGCAGUCGCGGCUCCAGCUCACUUUUCUCAACCGUAUCAACACCUUUCUUCAACACAUCAAGCUCGACCUGCUCGUCUUCAAGCAGGUAUUGAGCCAAGUUCAACAACCGCAAGUGCAGCGGUUGACCCUCUCUUUCAAGCUAAGGUCCCAUCAGUCUCAGCCAGCUCGAGACCACUAUCUAUACGAUCAACAGGAUCCACCGGCUCCAAGCUUGCCUCGUUCGCUUUGCGAAAGGCUCUCCCACCAGGUAUCGCCGAAGCCAUGAACAAAUCUGCACCCUCACCACUUGAAGAAAAAGCUCAGCCUCGCUACGUCAAACCCAAGACCCUAGACAUCGUCCCAAGCAACCGAUCCAGCCCCAUGAACAGCCCAACAUCGCCCAUCGCACAGCACAUGGACGCGCUCUGUACGGACGACAAACCACGACCUCCAUCCUCAAGCGCGCCGUCGCUAGAAUCCACGAUGCGUGCAGCGGCACCUUCGCCCGCGAUGCAAAUCGCGCGAUCCGAACUCAACCUGCCCAGCGAAGCCAACCUAGCCGGGUUCUGCAAGGGCGCCGUGCGGCAACAGCUGGGCAGCCGCAAGAAGGGAUUCGGCGUAGAAUCCAAGAAAGGCGGAAAAGAGUUCGUGAUCAAAUGCACGAAAUGCAACUUCGAGGGCCCCGCGGUCGUCUCCGCGGCACUACCGAGCGGCGGACGCGGCGCUGUUAAGAGAGAGAAGACCAUGGACAUCAAGGUCCGCGUCUCGGCUGGUGGCAUUCGGUAUCGUUGGGCGUUCCUCGCUAAGAGCCAUGUCAUGAAUAAGGUUGGGGUCAGCGACGCCUCGAAUAGCAACUGCGUCUACGCCUGCUAUUUCUGCUGCGCCGAGGGCGCCGCGAAGGGCUGGUUGGAUGAGGACCGCGGUAGUGCUGUCAAUGCCCAACUCGCCACACUCGGCGCGUUUGGUGGUAAUAAACCGACUACGGCGACCCAUGUGACGCCCACAUUUAAUGGGCUGAAGGAUUUCAUGGCCCAUCUCGAGACUCACCGUGCCCUAAGGAGGUUGCCAGGUCUCAUUGCUGCGAAUGAGAUGAAUUGCAUUGUUGGGAGGCUCGCUCUCGAUACAGAGGACUUUGAUCUUAACUUGCCGCCUUUAUAG